UAGGUUCUGCCACUCCCUAGAUCCAAUCUUGCCUGUGAUCACUCUGAGAGAGAAAAAAGAAAAGAACAAGGGAUUAGAAAGACGGUAUCUCUCUGCCAAGAUCUUCUCUCAGGCAAGAGAAAGAGAAGAAAAGAAGGAAAGUCCAAAAGAAAAAUAGGUGAAAGAAAUUGUAAAGGAUACUGAGAACCUCUUUCCGACAAGGACAGGCUUAUUUCAACUAUGACAAGACCCAAAGGUGACGUUGUCUGGAUGGAAAAUGUGUAAAUGGGCCAGGAAUUCAGAAGUGUGAAAAACCAAUGUGAUCUAGAGUUAUUCUGGAAAGUUUUCUGCAGAGAUAGCUCCAACCUGGGGGCUGACUGAUUAGAGUCUGGAUUGGUGCCGGGCAAGAUAUGCCAGGGUACCCAUCAUGUCUUCAACUGCGAUGCUUCAAAAAAUGCUGGUGUUGAUAGCUUUUUUAGCAGGGACCUGGAUGAUUUUUGUAAUUUAUCAAAACUCUGCAAAGCUUUGGCCUGCAGCAAAUGUAGCCAUCUCCCUCCAUCACCAGAAUGCCUACCUGAAGUCCUCAACCCCUAAAAUAUCACCACUGAGCCUGUUAAAACCAUCAACAGAAACUGAGCUAAGAAUAAAGGAAAUCAUGGAGAAACUAAACCAGCUCAUCCCACCCAGACCUUUCACUGAUGUGAACACCACCACCAGUGCCACACACAGCACAGCCACCAUCCUCAACCCUCGAGACACAUACUGCAGGGGGGAUCAGCUGGACAUCCUGCUGGAGGUGAGGGACCACUUGGGACGCAGGAAGGAAUAUGGCAGGGAUUUCCUGAGGGCCAGGAUGUCCUCUCCAGCCCUGAAGGCAGGUGCUUCAGGAAAGGUGACCGACUUCAACAAUGGCACCUACCUUAUCAGCUUCACUCUGUUUUGGGAGGGCCAGGUCUCCCUGUCUCUCUUGCUUAUCCACCCCAGUGAAGGGGCAUCGGCUCUCUGGAGAGCAAGGAACCAAGGCUAUGAUAAAAUUAUUUUCAAAGGCAAAUUUGUCAAUGGCACCACCCACAUCUUUGCUGAAUGUGGCCUGACCCUGAACUCAAGUGCUGAAUUGUGUGAAUACCUAGACAACAGAGAUGAAGAAGCCUUCUACUGUGAGAAGCCUCAACACUUGCCCUGUGAGGCCUUGACUCACAUUACCACCAGGAAUCGAGAAAUUUCUUAUCUUACUGCCAAGGAAAAAAGCCUUUUUGACAAGUCCAAAGUGGGAGUUGAAAUGAUGAAAGAUCUUAAGCACAUUGAUGUCUCCCAAUGUAACACAGAUGGUGAAAAGGUAGAAGAGAAAUGUCAAGUUGGAAUGAAGAUUCCUGUCCCUAGUGGUUACACCUUACAAAAAAGGUGGAUUACAACAUUUUGCAGCCAGAUUCAGUUCAAUACAAGUAAGAUAAAUGACUGUUUGAAGGGAAAACUCAUUUAUCUCCUGGGAGACUCUAUGCUACGUCAGUGGAUCUAUUACUUACCCAAAGUUAUAAAAACACUAAAAUUUUUUGAUCUUCACGGAACUGGAUUAUUUAAGAAACACUUGCUUCUGGAUGCAGAGAGACACACUGAGAUUCAGUGGAAAAAACAUAGCUAUCCUUUUGUCACUUUUCAGCUCUACUCUGUGAUAGAUGAGGGUUAUAUUCCUCGGGAACUUGACCGGAUAUCGGGUGACAAAGAUACAGCUAUUGCCAUUACCUUUGGCCAGCACUUCAGACCUUUCCCCAUUGACAUUUUUAUUCGCAGGACCAUCAGUGUCCGAAAGGCUAUUGAACGACUGUUUCUAAGAAGCCCAACCACCAAAGUGAUCAUUAAGACAGAAAAUAUUAGGGAGAUGCAUAUAGAAGGAGAGAGAUUUGGAGACUUUCAUGGUUAUAUUCAAUAUCUUAUCAUGAAGGAUAUUUUCAAAGAUCUCAAUGUAGGUGUCAUUGAUGCCUGGGACAUGACCAUUGCAUAUGGCAAUGAUAACGUCCACCCACCUGAUCAUGUAGUUGGAAAUCAAAUUAAUAUGUUUUUAAACUAUAUUUGCUAAAGCAUAAAAAU